UCCUGCACUGCAGGCAAAUUUUUACCAUCUGAGCCGCCAGGGAAACUCACCACUACAUAUGCAUGGCCUCUUUUCUGAGAUUUUGAAAUCUGAGACAGUAGAUCUUCUUAACAGGCACAGCAUAUAUAGAUAAUAUUAUGGGCUCAUGAAAUUCAAAGAAUAGUAGGCAAAAAAAGCUUUUUAAAACAUAGAUGAGGUCAAUCUUCACAAUAUCAGGAUUCUAGACCUAACGGUGCUAUCAAGUAUCUUUCUUACCCUGAGCAAAUCCUUCUCCCCUUUCUCCCUUAACAUUCAUUCUAAUGGUUGUAUCCGGGAUUAAAAGAUAGCAAUACAGCCUUGCCCCCAUGGAGUUCUUACUCUAAGGGGAACUCAUCUGCAAACGUGCAGAUACUGAUAUGGUGGGGGAACAUUUUUUCUGCACGAGCUCUCAGGAGCAGACCCCAGUAGAGGGAUACCUAACCCAUUAGGGGUAAGGAGGCUUACAGGAAGGUUGUCUGGAGUAAGUGGCCAGGAAGUUUGGUCAUAAAGCGGUCAAGGAGUUAGCCUUCCUAUUUGUCAGAUGAUGGCUUUGGUCUCUAAGCACUACUCUAAGUUCCAUAAUUGGAUUGCUUAGCUCUGUUAGAGGCCAGUGAUUUUGAGUGGAGAGACACACUCUUUUCUAGUUUUCUCCCACUAGUCUCCCUCCUACAGGAUGAACCUCUCCAGCUCUGUAAAGAUAACACAUUUUCUAGCAGCCUAACUCCUCUCCCAGUGGGACUUUAAACUAUGGGGCUUCUCCCAGAAACUUCCCUGGCUUGAGAGUUGAUGAUAGGGUACACAGAGUGCAAGAGUGACAUGCUUACAAUCAGUGAUUUUGGUCCUGCAUGUUCUAAUCUCCUUAUCUUUCAUACAAAUCAAGGAGUCACUAAUUUGGGAGAAAAGUACAUUUCCCAUGUCUAUUUGUUCUCUCCUCUUUGAUUUUGUGAAGUUAUUGGUUAUUUGCCAGAUUUUCUGAGCCUUUAAUUCUUCUGGAAUCCAGAGAAUACCUGAGGAAAAUAUCACAUUCUAUUCCCAGUCUGCCUGUCUUUCUGUCUUUCCCCUCCUGGACCUUAUCCUUUGACCUGCCUUUGGGGAUUAUAUAGUUCUCUACUUAACCCAUCAGAAAAGAGAAAUCAGUUUUAUUUGGUUUAUCUAUUGUUUUAUCUAUUCCUUUUAGAAAUCUGAAUCUCUCUUACCUUGUGAUAUUGUUUAAACAUGUUUUUUAAUAUUCCGGGCACUAUAUAACCCCUAUUAUUAUUCAUCUUGUGGCUUUGCAGCAUUCAGAUCUAUCCUUACAAGUUAAUUUUCAUUGAUCCUUUUAUCUUCCUUCAUAUUUUAGCAAUGGAAGCAAAAACCUUUGCUUAGUAGCUCUAGAAGAGCUUUCUUACAACUUGUUCCUAUUGAUUCAACUUUCUUCACAUUUCUGGCCCAGUUUUUAAUUUUUUUUCUUAAGAGGUACAGUGAUUAUAAGGAUGGCUCAUUCAGGAUGGCCAAUUUGCUCUUCAUACUCCUAGACUCAAACUCUUCAAGACAGCAUUUAGAAGAUGACCAAAGUACACCUGUAGAUAUGGACAGUCUUGGGGAUGCAGUCACUCUGGGUACUCUGAUGCUAACAUUGGAUAGAGAUCAAAGUUAAUGGGUAGCAGAAUUCCCAGACCAGGCCAAGAUCAGAAUACAUUUGGAAACUCAUUAGGAGCUCCACUUGCCUUGGUGUCUUUUCACUGGACAUGGCCUUGUGGCAAGGGUGACAGGGUGGGGAGCUAACAGCUUCCUAGCCUCACACCUACACUAGAAAACUCAAUCUCCUGUAGGGUCUAAGUUCAAGGCGAAGUCCUAGGGAUAGUAUCCUUAAUGCUGUUCUAUGUAAAGUGGUGGAAACCCAACUGAAUGAACAUGGGUCAGAGGGUGGGAUUUAGACAGAAGAAUUAAGUCUGCGAAAAGGAUCUGGACUUUUUUAUAUUAGGAGAAGGUGAAUAGUGAAGAAUUUGACCCUUCUUUAAAUACUUACUUCAUUUUAAACUAGCAUUUCAGGAGUGUGACAAGCUUAUUUUUCAAUUUCAUUCACCUUUCUCAUAAAAACAAUGACUGAUAAUAUCAACCUGAUUAAAUGAAUGAGUAUUCUGAAUCACAAAGCUUGUCCACUGCUGUAUAGGCUUAGUUAUUGUGCAAUAAGUAGAAAAUCUUACUGAAUAUAAGGGACCAUAGACCAGCUGUAGUCUUAAGACUUUCCAAUAAUCUCAGUUUCUUCUUAGUUCUGUAGCCAGAGUUUGACUGCCUUUGCAACUAAAGUAUACUUUAGUUUCUACACAUGUAAUUAUUUUGUCUGAAUAAAAAUGUCAGUAGUUCUGACAAUUUUAACUCUUGUAUUUGCUGACUGCAUUACCUUCUGAAUCAUAGGUUCCCAAAUCAAGUCAAACAGGUUCGGAGACAAGCUACACUUGACUGUCACACCUACUCCCACUCUUAAAGGAGUGUGGGAAUACAUUAGCCACUUUCACUGUAUUAACUAGUUCAUUUCUGGCUCUUCACACACUUUACCAAUUUUUACUUUUCAUCUUGGAUACAACCCCAAUUCUCGAAGACUUUGAAGUGCAAAAAACAUUAAAGUAUACUUUCAACAUUUAAAGUAAACAUUAAAAAUAUUCAGGUCUUUACCUAUUCCUUUGAGAAUCUGCACGGUGGAGUCCCUGGAAUGUACAAGGUGGAGAGAGUUAUGACAUCUGCUGCCCACAGAUCAGAAUGUGUGUCCGUCAGUCAAGGGAAGAAAUUCAUGUUUUAUAUCACUGAUUUAUCCAACUCAUUGCUGUCAUCUUUGUGGUGUUGCCCACAUGCACAGACUUUUCUGGAAGGACCAUGGCAGAUAUGAGAGCUGGUGGCACAGAGUUGCCCCAGCAUUGAGCCAUUCUGAAUUUGACUCUCACCCACUGCCUCUCCUUCAGUUUGCCUCUCCUCUACACCCACACAGCAAGUCCUUGUUGUUUCAGCCUUUUUCAUCUUUGCACUUGAAGAUACUUCCAAACGGUAAUGAUCUCAGUAUCCAAGGACAGCUGUUGCUAGUUUCUUAAGUCUUUUCCACAUGCAUCAGGGUCCUUCAACCCCAUAAUUUAUAUAGCACAGUUUCAAGUCCCCUUUCACCAGCCUCAUUGUUCUUCCCUGGGCAGUCUCUGAUGUGUAAUUAUCUGGAUACCUAAAAAGGGAGCACAAAACAUUUUGGGGGCUUAUCUCUGGGGAUGGGGUGGGAGGUAGGAUUCAAAGAGAGUUUACCCUGGAUUUGAUUGUGACAUUUCUUAGAGCCAUGUUAAGACCCGAAGAAUGUUACCCUAACUACUGUUUCCAGUUACAGAAUAUAGAUAAAAAUGAGUCAAUAAGAGAAAGUCUUUAGAAUGUAAAAAUAUCCUCAUGGGCUUCUUUAAAAUUCAAGAUUCUUUGAGUAAAUCAAUAGACCUGCUAAAACUGAUAAAUUUCAGGGCAUCUUAAGAGAAAGAAUAGAUACCUGAACAUCUGAAGUAUCCCCAUUCAAAAAGCAUGUCUUGAAUGCUUAUAUAAAUCAGGAACUGUCAGACUGUAGAAAUACAGAGAUCAAUAAAACAUGACGUUAGCCUUGAGGAAGCUCACAGACUAAUAGGAAAAACAGCCGUAAAUAGUCAAUUGUAAUACAGUGUGACCGGCACCCCCGUAGAAGCACGUUCAGAGCACCAUGAAAGCAGAGAGUGUGCUGUGGUAUGCCCUCUGCUCCAGGCUUGCAUCUCUCCAGCAUGGUAUUCUUUUGGCUUCUGCAAAUUGCCAAUAUUUAUGUGCACUGUGUUCUAGACACUGCAUGAAGGGCUUUAUGUAUGUCAUCUCAUUUAUGUGUGUGAACCUCUUAGAGCUUGGUCCUGUCAUGGACCCCAUACAAACAGGGAAAGUGGGCAGACAUUAACUGACUUGCUUAGGGUCAUAGUUAAGUGUUGGAUCCAGAAUUCAAACCCAGAAAUUUUGCUCUUAACCAAUAUUCUAUACUACUUUAUUAGAGAAAGCUUUUAUCUAGAGUGGUGGUUCUCAACCAGGAGCCAUUUUGUCAUCCAAGGAACUUAUGGCAAUGUCUGCAGGUAUCAUUGAGCAUCACAGCUGCUAUGUAGUGGGCAGCAAUCAAGGAGGCUGCUAAAUGCCCUCCUGUGUACAGGACAGCCCCCCAGACAAAAAAAUUAGCCUAAAAUGUCAGUAGUGCUGAGGCUGGGAAACUGCUCUGGAGUAUGGUACCAUCUCUGUGUAUGCCUUUAAAACAUACUUUUUUGAAUAUUUAAAACCAUUUUUAAAAGAAGAUAUGACUUAGUAUGGGGCAAAAUAUAUUGGACCAAGUUCCUAAGUAUCUGAUGAAGUGUAUUUUGCCACAUAAAAUUGAGAAAAUAUUGUCGUCUUUGUCUCCUCUUAUAGAUUUCAAGGAUCUGAGGAGGCCCUAAGAGUUUGAGGAGAUAAUGCAUAAGAAAGCCCUGGAGGAGAAUUAUCAGAAAUUCUUAAGAGUUCUUGGGGCGAUAAUAUAUCUGUGGAUAACCAGAAUUAGAUAAAGAAUACAUCCUAAACCAGACUCUUGUUUUGUUCACCCGGCUCCCUUGUCAGCUGACCACCCCCAUGGCCUUUUUCUUCACCUUUCUAAGAGUUGGACAUGAAUUAGCGACUGAACAACAACAUUUCUGUAAGCAAGUUUGUUGCAAUAUUUACUGGAUGAAGUAAACCAUCUUUUUAAGUGUUAUUUUUGCUUAGACAUCUAAAAAAAAUUGGUAUCUCUUGCCAUAUUACACCAGAUUUGAGGCAGAUAAUUUAAAUUCUAAUGUUUUCUUUAUAUAAGAAAAUCGUAACCAUUGCUGGGUUUGGGGAGUAAUUUGAAUACUGUGGCUUUCUUGGAAAUGAAUAACAACACUGACCCAACCUCCCCUUCAUUCCUUCCUUUCCAACUCUUAACAUUCCUGGCAGGAAAAUGAUUCUAGCAUUGGUUUACUGAAUGCCAGGCAGUGUCUUCACAGGUAGUGGCUGACCAGUCCCGAGAGUGCGUGAAGCCACACAUAUGUGCAUUGCGGCAAUUCAUCAAAUGGACGUAAACUCGUAAAUUCAGUUUACUGAGGUUUUAGGUGAGUGUGGCAUCCCCUUGGCGUGCUUUUUCUACGCAACCAACAGCGUCUCUUGGCAAAGAGUCAUUACUGACUUCUUCCUCGGAGCGCUUUCCUGAUGAUCCAGUCUGCGGUGAAUCACGGACCAGCCUCCAGGUGUGCGCAGCAUACUCCACCCGGUUCCGGAUUGCGCUGGGUUUAUUUAUGUAGAGGGGAGGACCCGUGACGGGUGAGGGGCUGGGGACGCGGGGGCAGCAGGAGAUGCUGGGGGGGCUCACGCUCCGGUCUCGCCUGCCGCCUUUCCCAUGAGGCCCCGCUCCUCAGGGGAGUGUCUGCGCUGGGACCGGUCCCCGCCGCCCGGCCCCUUCCCGCGGAGGCUGCACAAAGGUGUCCGGCUGCAGUCCGCCAACAGGCCAGCUUUCUCAAAGUGCUUUUAAGUUUCCCUUUUUUUUUUUUUUUUUUUUUUUUUGAGGAGGGGUGAAGAAGAGGAGCUUUUCCCAUUUACAUUCCUUUCCUUGUAUGUAGAUACCGAGAGGAAACUCAGCACUGGGCAUGUUCGGAUGUUGAAUGGUUUUGCUGAUAAGCAACCAGCCCUCCCGGAACCAAAGACUUAAAAUAGUCGUCACCCCUCCCCAUCCCCACCCCCCCGGAGGAGCUGCAAAUGGUAUCUGCCAAACAGAUGACAAAGUACCUUGGACUGAAUCACACACAGACAGCAUUUUGAGCCGAACGCACGGCCAAACUCGUGUAAUUACUGUUUAUAGCUGGCCGAGGCUGACCAGGAGAGGGCAAACCCAAGAGGAAAUAAGUUUUUGAACCUUGGAGAAAUGGCUUGAAUUGAAGCGAGAAAGAAAUGGAUAUGUCUGACCCCAAUUUUUGGACUGUGCUCUCAAACUUUACUUUGCCUCAUUUGAGGAGUGGGAACAGGCUUCGGCGAACACAAAGUUGCCGAACCAGCAACCGGAAAAGCUUGAUAGGCAAUGGACAGUCCCCAGCAUUGCCUCGGCCCCACUCACCUCUUUCUGCUCAUGCAGGAAAUAGCCCUCAAGAUAGCCCAAGAAAUUUCUCCCCCAGUGCCUCUGCCCAUUUUUCAUUUGCACGGAGGACUGAUGGACGCCGCUGGUCCUUGGCUUCUCUCCCCUCCUCUGGCUAUGGGACAAACACUCCCAGCUCUACGGUCUCUUCAUCCUGUUCCUCCCAGGAGAAGUUGCAUCAGUUACCAUAUCAACCGACACCAGAUGAAUUACACUUCUUAUCAAAACAUUUUUGUACCACUGAAAGCAUCACCACAGAGAACAGAUGCAGAAACACACCCAUGCGCCCCCGUUCCCGAAGUUUGAGCCCUGGACGUUCUCCCGCCUGCUGUGACCAUGAAAUAAUUAUGAUGAACCAUGUCUACAAAGAAAGGUUCCCAAAGGCUACAGCUCAGAUGGAAGAGCGCCUAAAGGAGAUCAUCACCAGCUACUCUCCAGACCACGUUCUCCCCCUUGCAGAUGGAGUGCUCAGCUUCACUCACCAUCAGAUUAUCGAACUGGCUCGAGAUUGUUUGGAUAAAUCCCACCAGGGUCUCAUCACCUCACGAUACUUCCUUGAAUUACAGCACAAAUUAGAUAAGUUACUACAGGAGGCUCACAAUCGUUCCGAAAGUGGAGAGCUGGCAUUUAUUAAACAACUAGUUCGAAAGAUCCUGAUUGUUAUUGCCCGCCCUGCUCGCUUAUUAGAGUGCCUGGAAUUUGAUCCUGAAGAAUUUUACUACCUAUUGGAAGCAGCAGAAGGCCAUGCCAAAGAAGGACAGGGUAUUAAAACUGACAUUCCCAGGUACAUCAUUAGCCAGCUUGGCCUCAAUAAAGAUCCUCUGGAAGAAAUGGCUCAACUGGGAAACUAUGAUAGUGGGACAGCAGAAACACCAGAAACAGAUGAAUCAGUGAGUAGCUCUAAUGCUUCCCUGAAACUUCGAAGGAAACCUCGGGAAAGUGAUUUUGAAACGAUUAAAUUGAUCAGCAAUGGAGCCUAUGGGGCAGUCUAUUUCGUUCGGCAUAAGGAAUCCCGGCAGAGGUUUGCCAUGAAGAAGAUUAAUAAGCAGAACCUCAUCCUCCGAAACCAGAUCCAGCAGGCCUUUGUGGAACGGGAUAUCCUGACUUUUGCAGAAAACCCUUUCGUUGUCAGCAUGUACUGCUCCUUUGAGACCAGGCGCCACUUGUGCAUGGUCAUGGAAUAUGUGGAAGGGGGUGACUGUGCUACCUUAAUGAAGAACAUGGGUCCUCUCCCCGUUGAUAUGGCCAGGAUGUACUUUGCUGAGACGGUCCUGGCCUUGGAAUAUCUACAUAAUUAUGGAAUUGUACAUAGGGAUUUGAAACCAGACAAUUUGCUGGUCACCUCUAUGGGGCACAUAAAGCUGACCGAUUUUGGAUUAUCCAAGGUGGGACUCAUGAGCAUGACUACCAAUCUUUAUGAGGGUCAUAUUGAGAAGGAUGCCCGAGAGUUCCUGGACAAGCAGGUCUGUGGCACACCUGAAUACAUUGCACCAGAAGUGAUUUUGAGGCAGGGCUACGGGAAGCCAGUGGACUGGUGGGCCAUGGGGAUUAUCCUCUAUGAAUUUCUGGUUGGAUGCGUGCCAUUCUUUGGGGACACUCCAGAAGAGCUAUUUGGACAAGUCAUCAGUGAUGAGAUCAACUGGCCUGAGAAGGAUGAGGCUCCACCCCCUGAUGCCCAGGAUCUGAUUACCUUGCUCCUCAGGCAGAAUCCCCUGGAGAGACUGGGAACAGGUGGUGCAUAUGAAGUCAAACAGCAUCGAUUCUUCCGUUGCUUAGACUGGAACAGUUUGCUGAGACAGAAGGCAGAAUUCAUUCCCCAACUGGAAUCUGAAGACGACACAAGUUAUUUUGAUACUCGGUCGGAGAAGUACCAUCAUAUGGAGACUGAGGAAGAAGAUGACACGAAUGAUGAAGACUUUAAUGUGGAAAUAAGGCAGUUUUCCUCAUGUUCACAUAGGUUUUCUAAGGUUUUCAGCAGUAUGGAUCGAGGUACUCAGAAUUCAGGAGAAGAGAAGGAAGACCCUGGGGACAAAACUAAAAGCACAACUUUGCCAUCCACGGAAACGUUAAGCUGGAGUUCAGAGUAUUCUGAAAUGCAACAGUUAUCCACAUCCAACUCUUCAGAUACUGAAAGCAACAGACAUAGACUCGGUGCUGGGCUGCUUCCCAAGCUGGCUGUUUCAGCAGAGGCAGAACACGAUGGGGCUGCUCCCCACCCCAGAGAGCUGCACGAGGAGCCGGAAAAGCCAGCCCUGCCUGCUGCAGAGAGUGCUCAGGAGGAGCCCGAGGUCACCACCCCGGCCAGCACCAUCAGCAGCUCCACUCUGUCAGUUGGCAGUUUUUCAGAGCACUUGGAUCAGAUAAAUGGACGGAGCGAGUGUGUGGACAGUACAGACAAUGCCUCCAAGCCCUCCAGUGAGCCCGCCUCUCACAUGGCUCGGCAGCGCUUAGAAAGCACAGAGAAACAGAAAGCCUCGGGGAAAGUCACAAAGUCCCUUUCUGCCAGUGCCCUGUCCCUCAUGAUCCCAGGAGAUAUGUUUGCCGUCUCUCCACUGGGAAGUCCGAUGUCUCCCCAUUCCCUGUCCUCGGACCCUUCUUCCUCAAGGGAUUCCUCUCCCAGCCGAGAUUCUUCAGGAGCUUCUGCCAGUCCACACCAGCCCAUUGUGAUCCACAGUUUGGGGAAGAACUAUGGUUUCACCAUCCGAGCCAUCCGGGUGUACGUGGGAGACAGCGACAUUUACACAGUGCAUCAUAUCGUUUGGAAUGUAGAAGAAGGAAGUCCAGCUUGCCAGGCAGGACUGAAGGCUGGGGAUCUGAUCACGCACAUCAAUGGAGAACCGGUGCAUGGGCUUGUCCACACAGAAGUUAUAGAGCUCCUGCUAAAGAGUGGAAAUAAGGUGUCAAUCACGACCACCCCAUUUGAAAACACAUCAAUCAAAACGGGACCGGCCAGGAGAAACAGCUAUAAGAGCCGGAUGGUGAGGCGGAGCAAGAAAUCUAAGAAGAAGGAAAGUCUAGAAAGGAGGAGAUCCCUUUUCAAAAAACUAGCCAAGCAGCCUUCUCCUUUACUCCACACCAGCCGAAGUUUCUCCUGCUUGAACCGAUCCCUGUCGUCAGGGGAGAGCCUCCCAGGGUCCCCCACUCACAGCUUGUCUCCCCGAUCCCCUACACCCAGCUACCGUUCCACCCCCGACUUCCCAUCCGGCACUAACUCCUCCCAGAGCAGCUCCCCAAGCUCCAGCGCUCCCAACUCCCCAGCGGGGUCAGGACACAUCCGGCCCAGCACGCUCCAUGGUCUGGCCCCCAAACUCAGUGGGCAGCGCUACCGGUCAGGAAGGCGGAAGUCAGCUGGCAGCAUCCCCCUGUCUCCGCUGGCCCGGACACCCUCUCCGACCCCACAGCCCACCUCCCCGCAGCGGUCCCCAUCCCCUCUGCUGGGGCACUCACUUGGCAAUUCCAAGAUGGCUCAAGCCUUUCCCAGCAAAAUGCACUCCCCACCCACCAUUGUCAGGCACGUCGUGAGGCCCAAGAGUGCAGAACCCCCUCGGUCCCCGCUGCUCAAGCGUGUGCAGUCGGAGGAGAAGCUCUCUCCCUCCUAUGGAGGCGACAAGAAGCACCUGUGCUCCCGCAAGCAUAGCCUUGAGGUCACUCAGGAGGAGGUGCCGCGGGAGCAGCAACAGCGGGAGGUGACCUUGCAGAGCCUGGAGGAAAAUGUGUGCGAUGCGCCUGCCCUCAGCCGGGCCAGGCCUGUGGAGCAGGGCUGCCUGAAACGCCCCGUGUCCCGGAAGCUGGGCCGCCAGGAGUCUGUGGACGAGCUGGACCGAGAGAAGCUAAAGGCCAAGGUGGUGGUGAAGAAACCUGACGGGCUCUCGGAAAAACAGGAAUCCCGCCCGAAGCUCCACGGACUCGGCAGUGACUUGGAAAACCUCUGUGCUUUUAGGCUCGAAGAGAGAGACAAGAAAAUCUAUCCGAAAGCUUCAGAGAGGUCAAAUCAUUUUGAAAGCAAAGCAGCCAUGCAGGAGGCCCAGCCCCUGUGCAGCCUUUUGAAAGAUGCUCUCCACAAGCAGGCCAAUGUGCGGGCCAGCGAGGGUGUUGCCUCUGAGGGGGCAACGGCAGCUGGGGACCACGGCCAGGGGACCACCUGUGACCUCAAACGAGCCUCGAUGCACAGCACCCUCCAAGACGGCCUCUGUCGUGCCACCCACAGGUCCACCUCCGGGAAGGGGGACACCGCAGAGAAGGCCCCCCAGGCCAAGGAGGGUCUGCGGUGUGAGAAGUUAGACAGCAAGUUGGCCAACAUCGAUUACCUCCGAAAGAAGAUGUCCCUCGAAGACAAAGACGAGAGCCUCUGCUCUGUGCUCAAGCCCAAGGUGACAGCUGGUGCCCAGGACUGCCUGCCCGGGAGCCUGGGCUGGCCCGUGGGAGGGCAGCAGGAGGCCCCACCAGCCUCCGAGGCCCGCACACCGUUCAUCAGCAGCGCCCACGCGACUCAGCUCAGCGCCGUCUCCUUUGUCCCUCUCAAGGCCCUUUCUGGCCGGGUGGACAGUGGAACGGAGAAGCCGGGCUUGGCUGCCCCAGAGUCACCUGUCCGGAAAAGCCCCUCAGAGUAUAAGCUGGAAGGGCGGUCUGUGUCGUGCCUGAAGCCCAUCGAAGGCACCUUGGAUAUCGCUCUCCUGUCGGGACCUCAGGCCUCCAAGACAGAGCUGCCUUCCCCGGAGCCUGCCCAGAGCCCCAGCCCAGGCAGUGAUGUGGAGUCCCCCAUGCCCCUCGCUCUCCCCAGCAGCACAGGGAGGAAGGCUGACACUGCGGGUCAGAGAGAGUCCUCCCCUGCCGGCUUCAAGGUGAACAAAUCCUACCUGCUUGAGCCCCGGUUCCCACCGGCCAGCCGGGGUCUGCAGAGUUCACCGGUGGCUGCCCCGCCUGACCCAGAGCUGAAGCUGGACAAGAAGGUCUCCCAGGCAGCCCGUGCCCCAGCGACCAUCAUGGAGAGCCAUCCCCAGCGGGGAGAGGGCCACCCCAGCCAACACCAAGACUGCAGCCCCGAUGUUAAGCUCCUUCCCUUCCCAGGGCAGAACCUCCAAGGUGCCAACACAUCUAGAUCCCGCAGCCCACUCUCGCCUGAAAGUGUCCCCCCCAGAGAGAAGCCGAGUGGGAGAGAGUUGUCCGAAAGGGGCCCUUCCAUAGUCGGGAGCGAGCGGUCAGCUGCAAGGCCCGACAUCCGCAGAGACUCCUCCAAGGAGUUGUAUCCCCCAGAAGCUGCUAAACCCAGCAACAACUCCCAAAUCCUCCCUGUGGUGGGGAGGACCCGCCCAGAUGUCUCCACCCAGACCCAGGCCUUGGAGAAAGCAUGCGGGCCUUGCGGGAGAGCAAAGCCCAGAGACGGCCGAGAGGAGGUGAGGCUGUUGGCCAGAGAGGACUACUCUUUGCGCUCUGUGGGGGCUCCUUGUGAGAGAGAGCUGGGCGCAGAGAGUGGCCUGGAAUCCAAGAUGGAACCUGCUUCUACCAGGUUGUCUCUGGAGCCGCCCAGACCAGAGAGUGAGAAGAGUGGAAGGCCUUCUGGUUUCCAGUCUGUGCAGAAAGAUGGUCCCAAGGAACCGGAGAGGAAAGAACAGCCUCUACAAAAGUACCUCACCAGUUCUCAGCCGGGUCCCAAGGAACCAGAAAGGAAAGAACAGUCCCUGCAAAAGCACAUCACCAGUAGUUCUCAGCUGGGUCCCAAGGAACCAGAGAGGAAAGAACAGCCUCUGCAAAAGUACCUCCCCAGUAGUUCUCAGCCAGGUCCCAAGGAACCGGAGAGGAAAGAACAGCCCCUGCAAAAGCACGUCACCAGUAGUUCUCAGCCGGGUCCCAAGGAACUGGAAAGGAAAGAACAACCUCCACAAAAGCACCUCACCAUUAGCUCUCAGCUGAGUCCCAAGGAACCAGAAAGGAAAGAACAACCUCUGCAAAAGAACGUCACCAGUAGUUCUCAGGCGGUUCCCAAGGAACUGGAAAGGAAAGAACAGCCUCUGCAAGAGCACGUCACCAGUAGCUCUCAGCUGAGUCCCAAGGAACCAGAAAGGAAAGAACAACCUCUACAAAAGAAUGUCACCAUUAGUUCUCAGGCGGUUCCCAAGGAGCCGGAAAGGAAAGAACAGCCUCUGCAAAAGCACGUCACCAGUAGCUCUCAGCUGAGUCCCAAGGAACCAGAAAGGAAAGAACAGUGUUUGCAGAAGCACCUCACCAUUAGCUCUCAGCUGAGUCCCAAGGAACCAGAAAGGAAAGAACAGUGUUUGCAGAAGCACCUCACCAUUAGCUCUCAGCUGAGUCCCAAGGAACCAGAAAGGAAAGAACAACCUCUACAAAAGAAUGUCACCAUUAGUUCUCAGGCGGUUCCCAAGGAGCCGGAAAGGAAAGAACAGCCUCUGCAAAAGCACGUCACCAGUAGCUCUCAGCUGAGUCCCAAGGAACCAGAAAGGAAAGAACAGUGUUUGCAGAAGCACCUCACCAGUAGUUCUCAGCUGCGUCCCAAGGAACCGGAAACGAAAGAACAGCCUCUGCAAAAGCACCUCACCAUUAGCUCUCAGCUGAGUCCCAAGGAACCAGAAAGGAAAGAACAACCUCUGCAAAAGAACGUCACCAGUUCUCAGGCGGUUCCCAAGGAGCCGGAAAGGAAAGAACAGCCCCUGCAAAAGCACGUCACCAGUAGCUCUCAGCUGAGUCCCAAGGAACCGGAAAGGAAAGAACAGUGUUUGCAGAAGCACCUCACCAGUAGUUCUCAGGCGGUUCCCAAGGAGCCGGAAAGGAAAGAACAGCCUCUGCAAAAGCACGUCACCAGUAGCUCUCAGCUGAGUCCCAAGGAACCGGAAAGGAAAGAACAGUGUUUGCAGAAGCACCUCACCAGUAGUUCUCAGGUGGUUCCCAAGGAGCCGGAAAGGAAAGAACAGCCUCUGCAAAAGCACGUCACCAGUAGCUCUCAGCUGAGUCCCAAGGAACCGGAAAGGAAAGAACAGUGUUUGCAGAAGCACCUCACCAGUAGUUCUCAGGUGGUUCCCAAGGAGCCGGAAAGGAAAGAACAGCCUCUGCAAAAGCACGUCACCAGUAGCUCUCAGCUGAGUCCCAAGGAACCGGAAAGGAAAGAACAGUGUUUGCAGAAGCACCUCAUCAGUAGUUCUCAGGUGGUUCCCAAGGAGCCGGAAAGGAAAGAACAGCCUCUGCAAAAGCACGUCACCAGUAGCUCUCAGCUGAGUCCCAAGGAACUGGAAAGGAAAGAACAGUGUUUGCAGAAGCACCUCACCAUUAUCUCUCAGCUGAGUCCCAAGGAACCAGAAACGAAAGAACAGCCUCUGCAAAAGCACCUCACCAGUAGUUCUCAGGCGGGUCCCAAGGAUCCGGAAAGGAAAGAACAGCCCCCACAAAAGCACGUCACCAGUAAGUCUCAGCCGGGUCCUAAGGAACCGGAAAGGAAAGAACAGUGUUUGCAAAAGCACCUCACCAGUAGUUCUCAGCCGGGUCCCAAGGAACUGGAAAGGAAAGAACAACCUCCACAAAAGCACGUCACCAGUAGCUCUCAGCUGGGUCCCAGGGAACCAGAAAGGAAAGAGCAGCCCCCACAAAAGCACCUCGCCAGUAGCUGUCAGCCCCCACCCCCUACCAAAGAGCUCCCUGGCCCGGCUUGUCAGCACUGCAUUCUGCCCAGCCACCCUGCCGCCUCUCUGCUGGGGAGCAAGCCCUGUGCUCCAGACUCCAGCUUCCAGGAUGCUCUCAGGCCCACUUCUGUGCACAGUGACAGCAGCAGCCACAAGCCCAGGUCUGACCCCGACCUGGGCCCUCCAAAGUCGAAGUUCCCAGACCGGCCCCUCUCCUCCCAGAAGCCGAGCGCUGAGGCUGCAGUGAGCAAAGAGCCUGGCGCUCCGACCCUCGGCAGAGCUGGGGUGGGGAGUGGUAAGGGUGUGUCAGAGGAGUUCCCUGUCCUCCCAGAUCCCCACAACACAGCCUGUGAAGUGAUUGGCCAGGGAGCCAGUGGGAACUCCGGCCCCCUGCCCAUGGAAGGGGGUCCUCUAGACACAAAGCUGAGACCCACCAGUGCUCGGUGUCCCCCAGAGGCACUAGAGAUGCUUGGACAUCCACCAGGGCGAGGACUCCUAGGGGCCAGUGAGUCAAUGGACCAGAAACUUCCCACCUUCAGGGAAAAGCAAAACCUGUCUCCAAAGGCCCCCACACCAUCCACUGUGAAAGAUUGUCCCCCUCGAUGCAAACAGACAGACAGGAGCCUGAGUCCGCUGGCCACCAGUGCCGACGCCGGCAAGUCUGAAGGCAAGAAACGCACUGAAGCACUUUACACCCCUGCGGAUGGUGAGAAGCCGGGGGCCGGCUUGUUCUCGGUGCACAGCGAGGCUGGGCCCAAGGGCACAGAGAAGCUGGCAGUAGCCGCUGGGAAGGGCUGGCCAGAGGCCAAGGGGAAAGGGCUCAGUCCCCAGAAGCCACUGACCGAGGCGAGCAAGCCCAGCGGCAUGAAGCGGUCACCUUCAGCCACAGUGCAGAGCUCUCUCCGCUGUACCACCCUCCCAGAGAAGUCUCUGAGCUACUCCGGUGGCUUUCCUGAGGCCAGACCAGCAGUUCCAGAGACUUCUACCACCUCCAGCGACACCUCCUCUGCCAAGGCCAGCGGGCCUGCAGCAGAAUCCCCAGCCUCCAGCAGCAGGGACCAGCGGAAACCCCUGCCUGGCGGGGAUGGCAGAACCCAAAUGACCAAGAGCGACUCCUUGCCAUCCUUCCGCAGCUCAGCCAUCACUCUGGAGUCCCAGCACCCCAGCCCUGGCCUGGUGGUGGGCACCAGCCACCGGGACAGGGCCCUCUCAGUAACCGCCGCCAUGGGAGAAACCAAAGGGAAAGAGCCAGCCCCCACCCAGCCAGCUCAGACCAGGAACCAGAACGUGAGCAGAGAGGCGGCCAAGCCGUCCCCCGCUCCAAGCACUGAGCGCCCCAUCGUUCUUCCUUCUGAGAAGGACACUGGGCUGCGGCAGAGGCGGGGGAAAGAGAGUUUGCGCGGCAGCCCCCACAAAAAGGCCUUGUGAUGGGGCAGGCCCGGGCAGUACUGGAGAAACCCACCCUGCGUGUGCAAGUGCGUCUUGACUGCCUUGGAAACCAGCAUCGUGGGACACCACCCCCCCUGCUAUCGGCAGAGCCUGGAGCCUCACUGAAGAAGCCAGGAGACGAGAGAGAGAAAGAGGGGACCUUCUUCCAAAUGCCUUCCCAAAUUGGAACCGGCAAACUGUUACCAAAUAGUGUUUGUACAAAAUGAAACAAAAAAAACAAACACAAAAAUUCUUUCUGGUUGAGGUUGAGGGUUGUUGAGGGAAAAGAUUUUCUCUGUAAAUAUCUAGCAAUGUGUUUGGUUUGGGGUGUAGAGUUGAUACUUUGCUGCUGAUGGCGUCAUUUACUACAACGUUUGGGGUUUUUUUAAGUAGGAUUUUUGCUCUACCAUUGAUCACGAAGUCAUGAAGCGAAAUGGCUAAAACUGGGUGUUUGUUAAAAUAUAGAUGCAUCCGUAUUCGUGUAUAUACACAUCCACCCACGUGUUUUGGUCUGUGGUUGAAAAGACUCUUGCAAGGCUACAUUUUUUUCUAAGUUAAAACAUUCUGAGUAGAGUUGAUGGUGAAAGAAAGCCUGAAAUACACUAGAUUGUGAGUGUGUAUGUGUAUUUUUAACCAGAAAUUUUGAUAGCACUGUAUCUGGCUACCUACAUUUCCAGAUCUAAAGCAAGAAUGACUCGAAUCACUGCAUCUGGAAUGCUCCUCCAUCAGGAAUGGCCACAACAGAUGGAGCUAGCCAUUUUCAUUUCACUAAUGGCCAUUUUGAUCCUGGGCCCAACUGUCUCCAAGGCCAGUUGUCCUUGUGUGUGGGUGUGGGUGUCAACUCUUCACCAGAGGUAGAGCGAGGGCUAUACACACACGUUGACUUUUAUUUCUGUUCUGCUUUCCCUCCUUCUCAUGCUCUUAAAUAAACUCAGGCCUUUAUGCUAUGAGUCGCUAGUCCAAGAAGCACACGUUUUGUAGUAGUUCUGCGCCCGCCCUGCUGUUGAACAAAAAAGAAAAUAACUGGCCGCACACAAACCUGCUCGUAUUUAGGUUGAUUAAUAAGCACUAGGCAUUGGAAGAGGUUUUCACUUUGCUUUUUUGAGGAAAAGUGGAGGGGGUAUGGAUUUUGGCAUCAUAGCAUAUAUUUUAAGGAAUAAUCAGGACAUCAGAUACAUUUUAAUACAUAGCUGGGGCCUUAUGUUGUAGAUGAGGCUUGCUGUUUUUAGCAAGUUCCUGGGUUUCACAUUCAUUCCUGGUGCAUCAAGUAGCUCCAUACAUUUCAUAACAUGGUCUCUUUAUUUGUAUGCAAAAAAUAUAUAUACUGUAUUAAUAAAGAGCAGCAUUUUUGUAACAAAAAGACUUGUUGGAGCUAUUUGGUGCUUGAAUGUGACUGUCCUUUUUACUUUUGCUAAGCCUUAUUUAAAUUUUGUAUACCAUGGAAUAUGUAGGAUUUGUCCAAUCAUUUUAGUGCUGAGGGGGUCUUUGUGUUUUUUGUUGCAGUUUUCCUGGUGGCUCGUUUUGUAUUGUAAGAGGGCACUUGCUGACGUAAGUACUAAGGCACUAAGAGAAAAUACACACAGAUAAGUAUUUAUAAGAUGCUUGGGAUCCAUAGCAGGAUUUUUGUUUUGUUUUGUAAGAGAAAAAAAUCACCAGUAAAUACUAGUCCAGCACCCAACCCCCCUCCCCGCAGGGAUAUCUUAGUAUCUUCAGGCUAUAAAAUUGUUCACCUAAGCACAGCAUCAUCUUACAUCCCUGUGGAUUGUAAAUCAUUUAGUGAGGCUGUAAACUCCACUCCAAAAACAAAGGCAUAACUUAACCAAUUGCUUCGUUGUCCUUCAUUGUAAAAUGAAUUGACAGUGGCUAAAAAACUCUCUUCCUUGCCCCUAAUUUUUUUCCCAUGAGGUUCUAGCCAUUCCCCAUCACUGUAUUGUGAAUUGUAGAAGAAACAAAUAUUUUGAAAGAACUUACAUGGGUUUCAAAAAUGGUCUCAACAUUUAUAAUUCAUACCUGCAUUCAGCGGCUGUCAUAACCCAACCCUUCUGCACCCAGACAUCUAGACAGGUCUGUCGGGGAGGUAGUGUAUGGUUUACAGCCUUUGCUUUUUAACUGUCCAGUUUUCUUUAAAGCACAACUAGCUGCUUGUUUACAAAUGAUAUUUUAAAAUGUAUAUUUUGUAUAGUGUAUUAUCAUUUUUGCCAAAUAUGUUUUUGCAUUUUGGAUGGCUACCGAGUCCCUAAGAUUGCAUUCGUGUAAUACCUGUUUGUUGUAAACCUCUCCAGUCAGAUGGUAGAAGUUCUCCUGUGUUCUGUUUGGUCGGUCUCCUGUGAUUGUAAGGUGUGCUCCUCGCUAGUACUCCCAGCUGUAGAUUUACCAGCUUAAAGUUUGUUAGGAUCUGUGCAAUAAAGUGUUUGCAGUCUUAUUUUCUCUAAGGAAUUCCCUAUGGAUGUCAUAAUUGUUGUAUAUUGAACAAAUAUUUAUACUUAUGCAGUUGCAUAACAUUGAAAUAAAAAUUUAGCAUGAAAAGA